AUGGCGUCGGACGGUCGCCAGGGGUCAUCAGCAUCGACACCGGACAAUGAUAAUGGGGGUGCUCGUUCCGCAAGACUCAAGUCGGCACUUCGUCCGCAAAGGGUCAAUUUCUCACUCGGAGGCGAAUCGCCACCAGAGGACGCCCCAGCAUCAACGACAGCGGCUGCCGCGGCGGAAAAGGCCAGACACAACGCCAACCAACUGUACAGCGAUUUGUCCAGGAGUGGCUCAUUGGAGGACCUCAGCAAUCCUUCUACUCGAGAAAGCGCGAUGCACGAUACUGCUCCUUUGAGGACCGACGGUAUGGACGAAUCUUCAUUAUCGAAAUUGUUACCUUGGACAUCCAGGAAGUACUCCAGGCGGUCGAAGAAGUCAGUAGCGGAACCAGAUUCACCACCGCUUCGUCCCCUCAACGACUAUCCCAUACGAUUGAACGACUUGCCGCUAUCAUCGUUCGACAAGCCUGAACGUCCGUAUGAUCUUGAUGAAGAUACCGAUGACAGUGAUGGCGAAGAUCUUAAGCCUUUGGAACGACAGCAGAAUGCUGAAUAUAUGGAGGAAGCAACCAGACUUGUGAGAACAAUGACCAGAGCCCGCCCGAAAAACUCGAACAGGGAUCCCAGAUCAGGCACCCGAACUCCAGCACUUGACAAACACGUUCACGACGUUGAUUACCUUCCACCACCUCAACAGUACAAGCCGAGUGUUCUCGGCGCGCUUCUCACAUCGCGGCUAAAUGAGCUCCAGCAGCACGGCCACAGACGGGGCGAUUUCUACAAUGACUACGUGGGCGACACCGCCUCUCCCUCUGGGUCAAGGACACCUGAACGUUCAUCGGCAGGGUCCUCCGGGAGGGUGACGCCUUCGCGGAAGCCAAAGUGGUAUGACAAGCCUGAACCAGGAAAUGCAACGGCAGCUUUGCUUGCUCAAGCUGGGGUGUCCUCCAUCGCUCCCAGCCUACCCGGCGCAAGCACACCAAAUUCGUCUCGUCGACCAGGCCUCCCCCGCAGUCGUUCAUCUGGCAUGAUAUCGUCGGCGGUAAACAUUAUCAAAAAUGGAGCAUCGAGUCUGCGGCCACCAGCCAGGGAGGCCUCUGAUCAUAUUGUGACGAUCAAUGCCGUUGCCGAUAUUCUCGCACGACGUCGAUACUUGACGAAGCUUUGCCGCGCAUUCAUGGAGUAUGGAGCACCGACCCAUCGCCUAGAAGAAUAUAUGAACUACUCAGCACGGGCUCUCUGCAUGAAUGCGCAAUUCCUGUACAUGCCGGGUGCGAUGAUUUGCACGUUCAUCGACGAAACGACAUAUUCCACAGAUCUAGAGAUGAUCAGAACCAACCAAGGCUUGGACUUUGGCCGUUUGAAGGACGCAUUCGACGUCUAUAAAAUGGUGAUUCACGACAAAACUCAACCAGCAGAGGCCAGCAGGCAACUGGACGAGAUAGCCAAUUCCACACGCCAACAUUCGACCUGGUUCAGGAUCUUCAUCUUCGGACUUGCUGCAGUGUGUGUCUCACCAUUUGCCUUCUCUGGCAGGCCAGUUGAUUUUGGACCAAUCUUCCUGAUGGGCGCAGUCACUGGCUUCCUACAACUGCAGAUCGUACCACGCUCGUCACAGUUCAGCCACGUGUUCGAGGUCUUCGCCGCCGUGUUGACAGCAUUCGUUGCUCGCGGGUUAGGCAGCAUUCGCCACAACAACCAGAGCGUCUUCUGCUUCUCGGCGCUGGCGCAGUCCUCCAUUGCUCUCAUCCUUCCCGGAUACAUCGUCUUGAACGCGGCUUUGGAGCUGCAGUCCAAAAACUUACUCAGCGGUUCGGUCAGAAUGGUUUACGCUAUAAUAUAUACACUGUUCUUGGGCUUUGGCCUUCUGAUCGGCACCGUCAUAUACGGACUCGUCGACAAAAACGCAACGACCGAUGUCACCUGCAAUGUACCAGUGUAUUGGAAUCCGACCCAUCUGAACGCCAAGCUGCUCUACACACGAUUCAUCUGGGUGCCGCUAUUCGCGUGUUGCUUGGCUAUCAUAAAUCAAGCGAAAUGGAAACAGUUGCCUAUGAUGGCCUUCGUCGCAACAGCUGGAUACCAGGCCAACUUCUGGGUUUCGACUCGACUUGCGUCGAACAUCCAGGUUGCAAACGCUAUUGGCGCCUUCGUCAUUGGCGCAAUCGCCAAUCUCUACAGUCGAAUGUUCCACGGAUUAGCUGCGGCGGCCAUGCUCCCGGCUAUCUUCGUGAUGGUGCCCUCCGGACUGGCUGCAUCAGGCACGCUCGUUGCGGGCAUAAAUAGCUCGGAACAGAUCACGAAUAAUGCAACCGGAAUCUCCAUCAUCAACAACGGGACGCAGGGCUUUCUUCAGGCACAGGAUGAUCCUAAUAGCGUGUACGGAGGAACCAUAUUCAAUGUAGGCUAUGGUAUGGUACAAGUGGCCAUUGGGAUAUCAGUGGGACUGUACCUGAGUGCCUUGAUCGUGUAUCCUUAUGGGAAACGGAAGAGUGGACUGUUCAGCUUCUAG